AUGUUUAUUUCUGUUUCCGCCGAUUCGAAUGGCAGCAUUAUCACAAGGAAAGGUUAUCGGUUAUUCAUUAGUCAUUCGUCGUCGGCCGACCGAGCGAGCAGCGCAUCACCCGAGUCUGUUUUUGUGCAACUACUAGUAUGUGAAGUGCGCGAAAUGCGUCUAGCGUUUGUGACUUUACUAGGUCUGUUUGGUGUGUGCGUGACAUACGACAUGAUUAUCGGGGAUACUGUGCACCGCAAGUUGGUCUUCCACCAAAGGGUGAAGGAGUUUGCGAUACCGUUCAAGAAGAGGAUUCGGACUUUAUCCUAUACGGAUCCCGAGAAAAGGAUAAUCAAAGGUAUCGCAGCUAUAGACAACGAUUUCUCACUUGCCAGCGCCAAUAUUACAGAAGGCGGAGUAGGGAACAAUUUCGUCAAAGUGAGAAUGAAGAGUCAGAGGCACCAUCCACUCAACUUCGAAGUUGAAAUAUAUGUGUAGGAAGUAACUUUUGUAUGUAAAGGCUAAUUUUCAUCCGAUGAAUUUGACAAACAAAAUGAUCUGCUGUUGGUAAAGGAAUAUUCUGUUUAGUUAUUAAGUAUGUUAUCGGCUGAGCUGGAACAUUAAAUAAAAUAAAGAUAAAAUGCUUCAGUAAAAAAAUAUGUGUACCUAUUCUAGUCUUUACAUUAUAAUCUAGGUGUCGAAAACCUUUGAUUUCCAAAAAGGGCACAAUAGCUAAGUAAGCUGCCAAGUUAUUGCAGUGACAAUGAAUUGUUAUAAAACCUUGACGUACUAACGCUCGGUCGUAUGAGUUGAGGCCAUCGAAUAUAAAUUAAGUAUUGCAUGAUAUGAAUUGUUCUUGUAAAUAAUUCACAAUAUUUUUAAUGUAAUUCGAUUGUCCGUGAUUGACUAAUCCAUUGUCAUAAUUUUAAAUAAAAGUGUUCAAUUAAGUCUUAAGCUAAAUAUUAUGUGAUAAGUGUUAUAUGUAAAACUUUCUUUAAACACCAAGUCUUCCUAUUAUACUUACAAUCAUUUUGAUGUAUUGAAUUUGCUUGUAAUUAAUUAAUCAAUACGUAUUUCAUAGCAGAUAACUCCUUGUCCUGACCGAAGGUCAGUAUUAUGUAUAAUAAUAUUAUUAAUACAUUACAGAUUUUUUUUAAUAAGGAUCUAUUAUUACAUAUUUAUGACAUGAAUCUCUUAUUGUUAAGGUUAUGUUAGGUCUUUUAAUCUUACAAUAAGGCAUUGUACUCGGAAGUGAAUAAAUAAACAUUUAUGAUAUAUGUUUU